AUCCAACAUGCAAAGCAGCUUGUAAUUAUCCUUUUAAUUACUAUCCAUCUUUCUAAACUUUCUUCUUCUUCCUCCAUUACUGCUUUUUAUAGUAUCUGAUUCUACAGUUUUAGUUGCUUCUGUAUAACAUAAUAAGGCCCCAAAUAUCCAAUACCUAUUCAGGAUUUGGUAAUAUUUGAUUAUUGUUUUCAACAAUGUGCAUAGCUGCAUUUAUUUGGCGAGCUCACCCUCUCUACCCGUUAAUUCUGGUGCAAAACAGAGAUGAAUAUCACAACAGGCCCACAGAGCCAGUGGCAUGGUGGGAUGGGUCUGAUAUAUUGGGAGGGAGAGAUGCUAUAGCAGGAGGAACAUGGUUGGCUUGUUCAAGGGGAGGGAGAGUUGCUUUCCUAACAAAUGUUCUGGAGCUCCAUGCCCUCCCUGAGGCAAAGAGCCGUGGGGAACUUCCUGUCCUUUUCUUGGAGAGCCCAAAGACUCCAAAAGAAUUUGCAGAGGCACUGGUGAAAGAUGCUCAUCACUACAAUGGGUUUAAUCUGAUAUUGGCUGACAUUUCAUCAAAAACAAUGGUAUAUAUUUCCAACAGACCCAAAGGUGAACCAAUCGUUAUUCAAGAGGUUUCUCCUGGCAUUCAUGUCCUUUCAAAUGCUAAGCUUGAUUCUCCCUGGCCCAAGGCACAACGCCUGGAAGUAAAAUUUAAGGAACAGCUUGAUAAAUAUGGUGAGGGGGAAAUACAGGUUGAAGAGAUGGUGGAGAAGCUGAUGAAAGAUAGAGUCAAAGCUGAGAAAAGCAAGUUGCCUGGCAUUUGUUCUCUUGAUUGGGAAUAUAAUCUAAGCUCCAUAUUUGUUGAAGUGGACACUCCACUGGUAUUUAAUCACAGGGGUGCUAUGGCACAAGAAGCACUAUUGCGCUGACAGUAAGAGAAAAUGGAGAAGUAAGCUUGUAUGAAACUUAUCUUGAAAAUGAUGCGUGGAAGGAGCAUACUGUUAAUUACUGCAUUUCAAAAGCCAAAGUAUUUUGAGACAGUUAAGCCUAAAUCAGAGAUGAACCUAUCUCUUUAUUGUAUUCUUCAUGUUAGUUUGUCGUUCUCUGUCAAUUCAGGGUGACAGAUAAAUCACAUCCAUUAUUUACAUUCAAAUUUAUGAAAUAUUAGCGUAUUUGACAAUGAA